GACCAACAGCUCAUCUUUAUUUUCGGAGAGGGCGAAGAAAGAAAUCUUUGAGAUUGUCUUAAUGUUCUAUUUGUGGGGAGAGAGAAAAAGGUGGUAAGUUGAGAGAUUGGCGAGCAGAUCAGCAGCCAGUUGCUUUCUUCCAUUUGGCUUACUUGAUAUUAUAUAUAUGCAUAUGUUAUAAAGCCCGAGGAAGUUUGGCCAACGGUUAACUUCCCUCCAGAAGUUGUAGAUUCCCUUGGAAUCAAAGCAAAGCUUUGCAAUUCAGCAGUUGAUUCUUGGUCACCAUCUGAGACCCAACCUCACCUUCCUGACACGUCCUUCAUACCAAUCUCUUCUUCAUCCUCCUAUAUACACUUCAGGUCUUGAUUCUUCUUCAUAUUCAGCUUCAUCCAGUAAACCCCACUUGAAUUUCUCACCUCUCGUUGAAUUGAAGCUUUCUGCUCUGUAUGUGUUUGCUGAAAGUCUCAUGUUCUUGGUCUUCAAUUCAAGAUCAGCUGGGUUUUGUUGCUGAGGUUUUAAGCAGGUUUCAUGAUAUAAAGUCAUAGCUUUUCUGCUUCUUCUUGUUCUGCUCUAUCCAUAAAAUUCCAUCCCCGAGUUUAUUAUCAGCUUUAAGCUUUUGUCGCCUAAGUGUUCGAUGAAAGGCUCGUGGUCUUGGAAAUCAAAAUCAGCUGGGUUUUGUUGCUGAGACUUAAAACCCGGAAAAUUUCUUGAAGUUCUGGCUUUCUGUGGAGUUCUGAAGUUUAUGGGAAUUGGUCCUGGUUUGUUCACAAAUUCUCAGAUGGUAUUGGAGUCACAAAAAAGUUGGUUAUCUGCAAUUCUUCAUGCUAUUUUUUGCAGAUAGAAUUCAAUAAGAGUGUUUCUCUGAUAUAGACAAAAAGAAAGGGUGUCUUCUGUUCAUGCUUUAGCAACUUCACAGCUUGAUUUGAUUCCAAAAAAAAAAAAAAAAAACACUUUCAAAUGAAUUCAGGGUCAUUGGUUUCCUUUUCUUCAAACUCUGUAUCAAGAGAAGAUAGAGUGGCUAGUGCCAGAACCAGGUCUUCUCAUAACUCAAGGCCUUCCUUUUUGAUUCGGAUGGCCAUGAGGAUAUCAAGAGCAAGAUGGUUCACCUUCUUAAGAAGAGUUUUUCAUUACCAAAAUGGAUCAAGGUCUGAUCUUGGAUCCAAUCCUUUUAAUUCUAGCACAUGGAUGACACUAGAGUUGAUUGCUUUGAUGGUUCAGAUAACCCUCACAUCCUUCAUUUUGGCCAUUUCUAAGAGUGAGAGGCCUGUUUGGCCCAUGAGGAUAUGGAUUUCUGGCUAUGAUAUUGGCUGUUUGCUCAAUCUGUUGCUACUUUAUGGACGCUAUCGUCAGCUUUAUCUGUCUCAUGGAGAUGCUCUUAGCCUCUCAGACAUGGAACAACAGAGAGGCAAUGAAGAAACCAGGUGUUCCCAUUUGAUGAACAAAUGCAGGACUUCACUCGAGCUUUUCUUCGCGAUAUGGUUUGUGAUGGGCAAUGUUUGGGUUUUUGACUCACGUUUUGGGUCAUUCCAAAGAGCUCCAAAGCUGCACGUGCUCUGCAUCUCCUUGCUUGCUUGGAAUGCCAUCACCUACUCUUUCCCUUUCCUUCUCUUCCUCCUUCUGUGCUGCUGUGUGCCUCUGAUCAGCAGCCUCCUUGGUUACAACAUGAACAUGGCAUCUUCUGAUAAGGGAGCUUCUGAUGAUCAAAUCUCACAGCUCCCAAGUUGGAGAUACAAGCAAGGUCAUAACAAGUUGGAGCAUGGCCAUGAUUCUGAAGCCAGUGAAGGGCUGAUCAAUGAAGAUCCUGAAUGUUGCAUUUGCUUAACCAAAUACAAGGACAGAGAAGAAGUGAGGCAAUUACCAUGUUCUCAUAUGUUUCACCAAAAAUGUGUGGAUCAAUGGCUGAGAAUCAUAUCUUGUUGCCCUCUAUGCAAACAAGGAUUACAGAGAUAGAGAGAAAAAGAGCCAAAAAGAAAAUCAUUUAUGCUAAAUUGGUAAUACUUUAUACACAAAAUUAUAUUUACCCUAACCGGGUUUCAAGUUUGGUCUGAUACUUCACAUGGGGUUACUAGUUACUUGAGUGAGUUUGUACAUGUACAGAAGAUCUCACCAGUAACCAAAACCCCAAUGAAACUGUGUUUUACUGUUUUGGAGCUUACACACUAUUUGGUUCCUAAGAAUGGAUCCAUAUUACUUUCCAGAUUAGUGGAUUGAUGUGCUUGUACAUUAGUUUUGUUCUGUCAUUUACAUGUUGUGAGACGACCAUCUUCUUUAUUGAAUAAUAAAUAAGUAUAUAUACUUUUACUUUA